AUGAGUCACAGUAAUCGGGAAGUUCCAGAUUUGGAAUCAAUUAUCGAAAAAACCAAAGCAGCUCAAAUCAGCGAAAUGGUGGACGUGGAAAACACGCCGCCAUACGAUGUGCUGAUGAAGCUGAAGGAGGGUGCACAAGAAGAGGAUUUGGAUCGAGACGAAUAUGACGAAGAGUGCGCCGAUGAUGACGAAGCACUUCGUAUGGCUCUCGAGAAUGGAGAGGACGAAGAGAUGCUUGACGUUGAAUCGCCAGACAUCGACGAAUUGGAUGGCAGCGAAACGUCGUCUUCAGCGCUUGCAGAAUCGCCUCAAGGGGCCAGCACGUCACCCGAGAAUGUCGCCACCAUCAUGCUCGUGGGCGAUACGCCACAGACAUCAACUGCUGAGGUUGUGGUUCUUGGCACUGUGCUGGGAGCGCCUAAUUCUGGGAAUCACGUCGAAAAGAGACACAUCUGCGACAUCUGUGGAAAGGUAGGUGAUGUUACCGCUAUUGUUUUAUUCCUUC